AUGUUAAAUUCUAACUUAUUCGGAACGAAUAAAGAUGGGACUGCAGUUUAUUUUGAAUGCGAAGAUUCAGAUCAAUGCAAAAACUAUAUUACAUAUUCCAGCAUGUUCCAGAAUGCAGACCAAACAGUUGAUAGUAAAACAACAUUUACGUUACAAAAAGGUUCAGUUUUCUUAAAUUAUUUUAAUUUCACAAAUAAUAAAUGCAAAUCAUCUGGCUUAUUCAAAAUUCUAGGCAGUCAUAGUGUAUAUUACGGCUAUACACUUUUUAUCCAAAAUACUAUUGAUGAAUUUCCAAGCAUUAUAGAAAAUUCAGCUAAUUUUCGAGAAUUUAUAUUAUCAAACAACGAAUGUUCAUACCAUGGACGCGAUAAAUAUAUGUUUUCAACCCAAAAUAGUGAUGCCAGUUUUGCAGAAUGUUAUUUACAGGAUUAUUAUCACUAUAAUGCAUUUUACAUUGAUGGUUCAAUUACUGUAGCAGCAACAUAUUACUGUGUUGGACUUGUUGCUAGAGGAAAUCAGUAUUGGGACAAUGAAUGUAGAGGGUAUUGCCUUGCUACACCUCCAGGUUUUGAUAUCCCAGUUACAAAUUAUUGUUCUACUAAUGAAAACAGCAAUCAAAUAAGGAGAGCAGAUAAAACUUAUGACGACAGGAGUGGGAAACGUCAUGUUGGAGUAGUUGCCCUUCUUGGAUACAGUUCAAUAAACUAA